AUGAGUGCUUCGUUUCUAUCAGGGCCGGAUGGAUGGGGUAAACAUAAAUUCGAGGCUUACGCCAAGAUUUUACGGCUAAAGAAUGGCGGGCAGAUUGAAGAAGCCGUGGAUUUCACCGAGUUAGCCGAUGAGCAGGCAGAGAUUCCGGACCUAGAGAGCACCAGCUCUGUUAAUGUGGACAUACUGUCACGGUUCAACGAGGACAAACUAAAUAGAGCUUUUCUUGACAGGCUGUCCGAACUUAUUGCCCACCAGAAAGGAGGCUACUAUGUCUCAUCAUCUUUAAUGAUCGAGUGGCCAGAUAGGGUCGAUAUUCUUGUGGCGAGGAAUAACGGGUUCAAGGAAAAGGACCCGAGAGUUCAAAUACUUGAGACCAUAGCGUCAAGCCUGCGGGACAUUUCCCAGCUUAAUAGCCAAGGUAUGUCCUACCUAUCUCUUUUCUUUUACGGAAUAAAGAAGUAA